GGCGCUGCGGCCUCAGUGCCCGCGGAGCGCGUUCCUGCGCUGGCUGUGCGCAGCCUGGCUCCUGUAGGCGGCUACGCUCGGCGAUUCGCCGAGUUCAUAGUCCUGAACUCGCAGACCGCUGGUGUCUGCGAGGGUGUCCUGAAUUUCGUUUGAAGGCAUUGUCGCUCAUCUGUGACAUUCUCCCUUCAAAAUGACUUCUGGAUUCCCGAAAAAGACACCAACACCUCAUCUUUUGUCCCGGGAGAUGCUGAAGUCUUUAACUCUGCUUCCCUCUAAGUUCCUGGGGGAGAAGUUUGUCAGCACGAAGACCAGCACUGGGGGGAGUAUUCUGCCCAAAAUUGGCCCAUCUCGAGACAUGCGUGGGCUUCAUCAAAAGCUGACAUCAGCUCCCCGGAAAGAGAGCUUGAUUCAGGUUUCCCCACCAGAGAUGGUAUUGCAGCACUUCGUUACCCAUGAGGCCUCUGAAAUGGUGGUGUCUCUCACUAAUAAGGGCAAGUUUCCUCAGCUGGUGAAGAUGUACAUGGAGAGCUCACCUCAUUUCCAGCUCAUGGGCCCCAACAAUGUGUACCGUGUUGUGACGCCGGGUGUGCCCACCCAUGUGCGCAUCCGCUUCACCCCUGAUGAGAACAAGGAUUAUUUCCACCAGCUUGUCUGCACCACUGCAAGGGAAAGGAUAGUUGUGCCAAUUCAGGCCAUUGGUGCCCGAGCUAUCCUGGACUUCCCUGACCAGCUGGACUUCCCAGCGUGUCCGGUCAAGUACAGCAGCCAGAAGACUCUGCUGGUUCGCAAUGUCAGCAACCAGGCAGCUCGUUACCAGCUGAGCACCCAGAGUCCUUUCUCUGUGGUUCCAACCACGGGAAUUCUGGGCGCUGGUGACAGCAUGCAGGUGACAGUGCGAUUUCACCCGCUGAAGACUGGUGCCCAUUCCGGGUCCCUGGUAGUGUGCUGCAACACAGGUGAAGAAAGUAUCCACACAAACCUCCAUGGACAAGCUGUGGAUCUCAACAUUGCGUUGAGCACAAAUUCCGUGGAUGUUGACAAGACUUUCAUCGGCAUGUCAAACCACACAACUGUGUUAAUUGAAAACAGGAGUAACAUCACAGCCCACUUCCAGUGGAAGGCUUUUCCUACUGAGGAAUAUGAGAAUGAAGAGAAGAGAAGGCAGUACUUGCUGAGGCGCCGAAAAGCAGUGUGCCUGGAAACCUUCAUGGAGAAGAGAAAAAUGGAGAAAGGUUCUUGUAAAGAUCACACUUCCCUCCUGAGGAACGUGGUCCAAGAGGAGAUGGCAAAGAUGCAAGAAGACCCCCUGCUGUUCUCCAGUGACAUCUUUUGCAUUGAGCCAAUGGAGGGAGAAAUUGGGCCAUAUAGUUUGGCAGAAAUCAAGGUGACCUUCAAACCCCUGGAAGCACAGGAAUAUCAAAGGAUGGCUUACUGCAACAUCUCAGGCCGUGAGAGCAGGCUGCCCCUGCACAUCAGAGGGGAAGGUCAAGGACCCUUGGUUGAAUUCAGCUCUCCUUCACUGAACCUUGGGAACAUUCCUAUCAACACCCCCCACAUCUGUCAGGUGAAGCUGAUUAACCAAGGAGCUAUUAAUGCUCCCUUCACCUAUAGCCCUUCAACUGCAAACGUGGGCUUCUUCUUCAAGUUUGCACCUAAGGAGGGCAUCAUUACACCAGGUGGAAUCCAGACUAUUCAGAUCUCCUUCAGUCCCACUGUGCUGGGGACGUUUGAGGAAGAAUUACAGUUCAGUGUGGCUGGAUCUCCUGUGCCUGCAAUCCUGACCAUCAAGGGCAAUGUCACUCAACCGACUUUGCGCUUCGACCUCAAUGAGCUCAGCUUCGGGGACAUCUCCUUUGGCUUUCCCUACACCCAGAGCUGUCGCCUGACUAACACCUCCCCGGUGCCCGUGACGUUCAAGCUCCGCAUGUCGGACGAUGGCACGCAGCCUGCUGUGAAUGUCUUUGAUCAGAUACGCAGCGACAGUGACCCGUCCUGGAGGGAGGGAAUUCGUUUUUUUGUGGAGCCAAGGGAGUUUACAAUGAAUCCCAGCCAAGGGACCAUCCUCCCCCAGGGACACCAGGAUAUCGAGGUGACCCUGUGUUCCAACACGAUGAUGAAUUACCACCGGAAAAUGCUGGUGGACCUGGAGGGUGUUGGCAAGGGAGUGUCAUCACUGGUCAUCACAGCCAGGUGUUGCAUUCCUGAGCUGUAUGUGUACCCCCAAAUCCUGCUGUAUGAUGAGUGUCAGCUGAAGGUGCCAUACCAGAGGAAGUUCCUCAUUGCAAAUAACACCGACCUUCCUGGCUGCUACGGGCUUAUUCCCCAGGAACGCAAGGAGGACUCUCCUGUGUUCUACUCCAGCCACAAACCCUGUGGGAUUGUCCAGCCUCACAGCAUUGCAGAGAUUCCAGUUACAAUUGAAGUCCAAACACUGGGCAAGCAUGACACCGACGUUCUUAUCGGCGUGUUUGGGGAUGAGAGAAACCCACUGCCAGCAGAAUUACGGAGCUCUGGACAGCUGGCAAAAAUCUACCCAAGUCCAAGGCUGAUAGAGUUUGGCAGGAUCCCAGCACUACAGCCUACUUCUCGAAGUUUUACCCUCUUCAACAAAAAUUUCAUCCCUAGAGACUUCAGGAUAGAGAUUCCUCGCAAACCCCAUUGUUACGCCGUUGAACCCAGAGAAGGAGUGAUCCCCGCUUGGGGUGAGGUGCCUGUGACUGUCACAGCAACCCUGGAUGACACUGGACUCUUUGCUAGCGUUAUCCAGCUGUUCAUUGGGGACAGCCUUUGGACUGCCUGUGGGCUGGUGGCUUUGGGCACUGGCACCACAAUUGUCAUAGACAAACCAUUUGCCCCAGAGCUCAACCUGGGAUACCAGUUCAGCCACGUUCCCUGUAUUCAUCGGUUCAAAGUGACAAACAGGGGCCACCAUUUCCAUCAGCUCUUCUGGAGCGUGGGAUGCUACAGCCCACCUGCGGAGGGGGGCCAGGGCAUCUCAGCCCUCAGUAGCCCCAAAGAUGAUUCCCAGAGCCCCAAACGUGCCGCCCCCAUGUUUGCGCUGGAGCCACCGUUGAUGAAACUGCAGCCAGGCGAGUCUGUGGACGUGGUGCUGCGAGGCUUCUCCUGCGUCGCACAGGAGGUGCAGGAUUAUGUGAUGUGUGAAGCUGUCAGAGGGAUAGCUGGCAGGAAAGAGAAGAUAAUAGAAACAGUCCUUAUCUGCAAAUAUAUUGAUCCCUCCAUAGAAAUAUCAGCCAGAGAAUUCUCUUUCCAUGUGGAGAAGAAACCCAGUGAUGUCCUGACUCGGCAGUACCAACCUUUGGCUUUAAAAAACACCUGCCUGCUGCCACUGGACCUUAUGCUGGAUGUGGAGCAGCCAUUCUUGGUCUGUGAUGAGGACCAGCUGCCCCUCCCAGAUGACCAGCCCGUGACAGUGGAUGUAGGGGAGACCUGUCAUCUCUACAUCGCAUUUGACCCAGCUUAUGAACUGGAUUUUAAGAGCUGGAAAAAAGAGAAGGUUCUGAAGAUAGGCAUGGUCAGGGGCUAUCCUUUUGUGGAGCAUAUCACCCUUCGGGGAGAAGUCCACUUCCCAAAUCUCCAAAUCCAGCCCAGCACCCUGGAGUUUGGCUGCAUCAUGGCUGGCACUGAAGAAGUGCGUUCUCUGGAGAUCACCAACUGCAGCCCACUUCCUGUCAAGUACCACUGGUCAUUCCAUUCAGACAACCAGGUGAACAAGUUGAGAUCUGAGCUUUACCUACCUAAAUUCAAACCUCAGCCACCAAAGGAGAAGAGAACCCAUAUGGAUUCCUUGGCAUCUCAAAUGAGACGCUUCAAGAUUAGAAAUGUGGAGGAGGCAGACAUAGCCCUGAAAGAAUCGCGGGAUCUUGCCCAGUCUGUAGGAGCAGAGGUGCCACCACAAACUCGUGCAGGGUAUUACACCCCACUAGGGUUGACGGGAUUCAGGUGCUCCAGGGACGUACCGCACACUCCCCUUGAAGCGGAGGAGGCUUUCAGUAUUGUGCCAGUUUCAGGUGUGCUGCAGCCAGGAGGGAGCCAGCAGGUCUCCUUCACCUUCUUUGGCCACCUCAACGCCAUCUCCAAUGUCACGGCGUUGUGCCACGUGGAAGGAGGCCCCACCUACGAGGUGAUGGUGACUGGGGAGGCCUCACGUGUCAGCUACUCCCUGAGCCUCCGGGAGAUCAACUGUGGCUCUCAGAUAUUUAAUGAAAUUGGUCACAGCACGGUCACCCUGGUGAACACUGGCAAGAUUGAGUUCAUCUGGAUGCUAAAACCCAGCACUGCAGCCCAGCAUCUGCCUGGUGUGUUUCUGGUCAAUCCCACCACUGGCUUCCUUGCACCUGGUGAGAAGCAAGUGCUGAAAUUCUCCUAUGUGCCAGGAUUACCAGGAGCCUUCAGCAGGACUUACCAGCUUAAAGUGGGUGACCUGGACCCGGAAAAUAUCCUCCUGAAAGGAGAAGCCUCCUGUCCCAUGAUCAGCAUGAACCUGCCCUGGAACAUCAUAGGAAAUAUAAAACCUGAGAAGCCACUGAAACAGCUUGUAAAACCCCUGCAUCAAUACAGUCAGAGGAGUAAAUCAGCUGUUCGGAGGAAGUCUCAGACCCUGACAACUCAGACCUUGAAGACUCUGAAUCCAAAGACUCGGGACCGGAAGCCCCGUUUGCUUGGCUCUGGCACUGUACCAAGCUCUCAGCUACAGACAGACACGAUUAGGACGCUGAUAGAGAAGGCUGAUCUGGAGCUGCAGCAAAAGCUCACGUGCUAUCCCCCGAACAGCAGGUUCCCUGACAAGGAGCUGUGCCAGAGUCUUGUCAAAGUUGAGCUGCCUGAGUAUGUCCUGGACAUGGGCCCUGUCCAUAAGGGUUACACUGAGAGAAGCACUCUGGAGAUCACCAACCCAGGGCAGAUCCCAGUGUCCUUCCAGGUCGAUGUAUCUGUCCUGCUGGACACAGGUUUCAGUGUGAACCUGGACCAGGUGCGGGGCCUGCCCCCCAGCCACACCGUGGUGCUCGAAGUGCGUUUUGAAAGUGCCCACCAGCCCCAGGGUGACGUGGAUGUGCUGCUGCCCAUAGAGGUGACAAAAGGCCCCACAUAUAACAUCCGCCUCCAUGCCACCGUGUCUGAACUGUCACUCGAGCUCUCCAACAACAGACUGCACUUCUCUGACACCCUCAUUGGGCAGUGCAAAGCUGAGACCAUCCAGCUCCGCAACUGGUUCCGGCUACCCUGCAAAUGGUUCAUUACUGCCACCAAGCCUGUUCCGAAGAUACCAGCCGUACAUCAGAAGCAGCAGGUGCUGGAGGAUGAGCCCUGCCCCUUUGAAGUGAAGCCCUCCAAAGGAACCCUUGGUGCAGGAAGGUCUCGGAAAUUGCAGAUCCGGUUUACACCCAAGGAGGAGAGGUCUUACAGGAAUGAGCUGGAGUUUAACAUUUGUGGGAGCAGCAAUCACUUAAAGCUGCACCUCUCAGGACAAGGUCUAGAGCCACGGUUGGAGUUCAACCCCCCAGCACUAAAGAUGGGAUGGGUGCUGGUGGACAGCGAUGGGGUGGAGGCCACAGCAGUGGUGAGGAACCCAUGCGACUUCCCCAUUGAGUUUCACUCCCUGGAUUUUGAUGAGCAGUACCUUGAGGAGGAGAAGAUCCGGAGGAUGGCAGUGGGGUCUAAGUACCAAAAGAGCUUUUUAAUGCCUCCAUGUACCGUGGGUAAGACUCUGCCCCCAGAGGUGCUAGAAGACCAUGAAACAGAGAAGAGGACAAAGGCCCAACAGGCAGAGCUCAAGGCCAUGACAGAGACCAAGGCCAGGACUGAGGCUGAGGCCAAGGGCAAGGCAGCACCAGCACAUCACAGGACUCUCACGUUCUGUCCUGAGUCCACGGUGAAAGGGACUGGCAGUCCUGUCUCUCGGGCUGUCAUGCACCACCUGGGCAUUGACGCGUCUUCAGAGAGGCGUGAAGUGCAGCAGCCCAGAGGGAUUGUUGUCAUCAUCCAUGGGCCACCGCGGGCAGGAAAGACAGAGAUAGCAGCAGGCCUGUGUCAGUACUAUGAUGCUGCUUACGUGUCCAUUGACACCGUGGUGAAAGAGGCCAUGGCCAACGAUGGGAGCCCAGCAGGGCUCAGUGCCCGGGAGCUCUGCACCGACGCUGCCAUGGAGCCAAAAGGCAAAGAUAAAGGUAAAAAGCCUCACCUCACUGCUCAGACUAAGAAUAAACAAGCCCCUGGGGAAAAAAUCAACAAGAAGGUUUCCAGAGGCAAGAACCCUCCAGCACAAAAGAAGGUGGAGCCAGCCAGCAAACCAAACAUAAAGGACACCAAGUUCACAGUUUCCACUGCUCCUGCGCCGCAGCAGCUGAACAUCAUCAGCAGUUCUGGGGAAGAGCUGAACUGCUUGAGCUGUGUGCUGCCCGAGGACCUGCUGGUGGACAUCCUCAGUGAGAGGCUGAAGUGUAAAGACUGCUACAAGGGAGUGGUCUUUGAUGGCUUGGAGACCCUCUUUGCAAGCAGCCUGGAAUCUUCUUUGCUCUGUGUACUCAGAGCUGUCAAGAAUUGUCAUCAUAUCUACAUAGUGAACCUGAAUCAGGAUUAUGCUUCUUGGAAAGCCAAGGAGGAAGCUAAAAGAAAGAGGAAGAAAGCUGGAAGAGAGAAGGAAGAACUGCGGCAGAAAAAAGCUAUUAAGGGGAACAGAGAACAUGUCUUGCAAAUGGAUGAGGACGAGUAUGACACCCUCACUGAGGAGAAGAAAGCAGAAGUGGAUAAAAUAAUACUGGAAAUGAAGACUAUACAGACGGAGGGGGAGGUGAAGGAGCUGGCUCAAAAGCUUGAGGAGGAGGCAAAAGACUUAGGGGAGGAAGAGAGGCAGAAGGAGGAAGAGAAGCAGAAGGAAAAUAAGGGUGUCUCCGUGGGGAAGCAGCCUGAAAAACCACAGAAGGAAGCCAAACCUCCAGAGAAGAAGGAAACCAAAGCCCCAGAGAAGAAGGAAACAAAAAUCCCAGAGAAGAAGGAAACAAAAAUCCUAGAGAAAAAGGAAACCAAAAUCCCAGAGAGGAAAGAGACCAAAAUCCCAGAGAGGAAGGAGACCAAAAUCCCAGAGAGGAAGGAGACCAAAAUCCCAGAGAGGAAGGAGACCAAAAUCCCAGAGAGGAAGGAAAGCAAAAUCCCAGAGAGGAAGGAAACCACAGCCCCAGAAAAGAAGGAAACAAAAAUCCCAGAGAAAAAGGAAACCAAAUCCCCAGAGAAGGGAGCCCCCAAAGCCCCAGAAAAGGGGGACUCCAAAGCUCCACAGAAGAGGGGAACCAAAGUCCCACAGAAGAGGGAAACAAAAGCCCUGAAGAAGGAAACCAAAGCCCCAAAGAAGGGGGAAGCUAAAAUCCCAGAGGACCCAGCUGAGGUGGAGAAGAACUUGAUCCUGAGGUUUCAGAUCUACGAGUCAUCACAGCAGAACAUCACAGAGGUUUUCUCCUCCUGGGACAGAGUCCAGGGUACUAUGCAGUUACCUGUGAUCCAAAAGGGAAAUAAGUCCCAGCCUUCAGGUGAAAACAAAGGUCUCAAGAAGACCAGUAAGCCUCAGGAGAAGGUGAAGAAGCCUGAACGUGAAUGUGUAGGCCAAAGGAGUCUUCAGUCAUCUCAGCUGGGGAUGCAAAGUGAAGCUGCAGAAGGGGCAGUCAGAGACAAGCAUGUUGGGGUGCCGUGCCUGGACAUCCAGGUCUCAGAUCCCAAGGCCAUGAUCAGGGAGAUCCUGAGGGAUGGGAAGCUGCCAACGGAAGACCAGAUGCUGAAAUAUCUGGGACUGCAUCCCGACGGCCCUCCCCUUGCCCCUGCUGCUGUGCUCUCCAUAGUCGAGUACCCAGAGGAGCGGCUGGGCCCUGCAGAGCGUGUGGAGCCCUUCACCAUUGUGGCACCACAAGGUGCUGCUAUGGAAGACAAUCUGGCCAAGGCCCCAAAUGUGAAGGGCAGUUCUGCUGAGGGCCAACCAAAGACAGGUAAAGCAGCUGGCAGAGACAGCUCUCUAAAGGAGAAGCAGAGAACAGAAGGUCCCCAGGAUUCCUCUGCAACAAGAUCCAAAAGUAUCCUGGAAAGUGCCUCAAACCCCACAGAAUUCCUCAGGCUGAAACGGUACCGGUGGGUAGUGCCUGCCCAUGGUGAGGUGAAACUGAAGGUCCACUUCUCCACCAAAAGGCCAGGGAAGUUUGAGCAGACACUGAGGUUUGAGCUCGUGCAGACAAAGCGCCUGUACGAGCUGCCCUGCUGUGGCACCGGCCUGUACCCCAGCAUCAGCCAGGACCCACGGCUGGUGUUUCCACAGUGGAGGGAGACCAUGGAGGCAGAUGACAUCAUCUUCAAGGAAUAUGUUGAGAGCACAAAGCAAUUCCAUUUUGGACCACUGCUGUGUGGGAAAUCAAGAGACUGGUACAAGUGCCAGAACUGUCCCAGAAACUCGGAGAAUAUAACCAUCCUCAACAACUCCCCCAUGGACGUAGAAAUCCAGUUCUCCUUUGAGAAUGCUGGGGAAGCAGCGACGUUCCUCUUGGACCCUCCCAGGAUGGCACUGAAACCAAAGAAGAAGCAGAAGCUGACCAUUUGGGCAUACCCCACUUCCCCUGGCUUCCUGCAAGACAAACUCAUCUGCAGCGUUGGGAAGAACCCGGAGCCAGUGGUCUUCAGCCUGUGCUGCCUUGGGGUGCACAUGAAGCUGGAGCUCAGCCCCCUGGAGCUGUCUUUUGACAAGCUGCUUCUGCACAGGACUGACAGCAGGACCUUGGUCCUGAAAAACAACGCCCUGCUGCCCAUGGCCUGGCAGCUCAGUGGGCUGGAUGACCUUGCUGAGGACUUCUCCUUGUCACAAGAUAACGGCGCCAUUGAUCCCCGCUCAGAGUUGGAAGUGACAGUGCAUUUCAAGGCCAGGCAGGCUGGCAGCAUUGAGAAGAGCCUCCGAUUAGAGGUUUCAGAUACAGAAAACAUCCUGGGGGUUGUUCAGACUGAAAACAUCAAAAUCUCUGCAGAAGUCUAUGACAUUCCUCUGAGCAUCGACAUGCCUGAAGGUCCAGAUGGAAGCUUGGAAUUUGGAACCAUUAAUGUCCUGGAUAAUGUGAAGAAAGUCCUGAGUCUGAAGAGCAAAGGGGUAUACAACAUUGAGUACAGUUUCAUGCUGAAGGGUGCAGGUCCCAGGAUGCAAGACUUGGCAUCCCACUUCACUGUUGAGCCUCAGUCAGGCAUGCUGACUGCCUGGCAGUCUGGUGUGAAUAUUGAGAUGCUCUUCCACCCCACAAGUGAAAUUGUCCUCAAGAACAAGCCCAUCCUGUACUGCCAGGUGACAGAUGGCAGCUCAAGGGAAGGAGGCCAGGCUGUCGCCAACAUCCCAGUGAAGGUGUCAGCAAGAGCCGAGUACAGCAAGUACAGCAUUGAGCCUGCCUCACCCACCGACUUCGGUACCAUGAUCAAGGGCACCAGGAAGACCCGGACUCUUGUGAUGAAGAACAAAGGCAUGGUCAACUUCAAAUUCCACAUCCGCCAAGCAGCCGAGGGUGCAGCUGCAUUGGAAAGCAAAAGUUCAAAGCAAGGGGAAUCUGCUCCAUCAGCUACAGAGCUCUCAACAGGAAGGAAAUCAAGCUCCUCAACACAGGGUCACCUCAAUCUUGGCAUGUUCAGGGUGUCCCCCUGCUCCGGCUCCAUCCGUCCGUGGGGACAGCAGCUGAUCACAGUGGAAUGCCUCGCCAGGCAGGAGGGGACAUAUGAGGAGCAGCUCUACUUUGACAUCACGGGCAGAGACCCCAAGGACAAUCCCCUUGGCAUUCCGUUUACCCUGAUGGCCGAGUCCUACCUCCCAGGUACCUUCUGCCCACAGUCACACCUGCUGCUGAUCAGCACCUAAACUUGCUGCUUGGAUAGAGAGACACGCUAGCCCUGGUGUCCCACCUUAAAAUCCUCAGAGGUUCCAGCCCUCUUCAAGUCCACCAGUGGACUCAUCCCUUCCAGGCUGAGAGGGAUGCAUGGAAGGAUAAAAGGAAAGCAAUGCUCUCUAAGACUGAGGUUGACUGAGCUCCAUCCUCACAGCCAGCUCCCCCACCCAAGGCUGGGUUUAGCAGUCACCCAGGCAGAAAGGGCUUAGCAAGGCUUCUGAGAGGCCAGCAGGGUCCAGAUAAACUCAUCAGGGAGGCUUCUCCAUGCUCACCCCUCUGGU